AUGGCCCCGUUCCACGAAGAACAUUUCCUAAUAAUAUCACCAGGUUCUCAAAUAACUUUAGUACAAUUUGGUUUACAUGAUGGUGUAUUUGCCCCUCCAGUGAUAGAAAUCCCAACAAAAGUCUAUAGUAACCCUGAUAAACCAGGCACAUUUCUUUCUAAAGGUGAAGAAUCAAAUGUAAUAUAUCCAAUUGUUAAAGGUUCAAUCCAAAAUAUUCAAGCAUUUAAUUUUUUUUUAAAAUUAAUUUAUAAAUCAAUCUUAUCAAAACAUCCACAAGUUAAUAACAUCCCAUUCUUGUUAUUAUCAAAUUCUGAAUGGUCAAGAUUAGAUAUUGAACAUAUUACACAAUAUGUAUUUGAAUCAAUGGAAUUAAAUGCUUUUACAAUCAUACCUAAUGCAUUGGCUACUUUAUACGCACAUGGAUCUCAACCAAGUGCAGUUGUUAUUGAUAUUGGAUAUGAAAAAACUGAAAUAACACCAAUUGUUGAUUAUAGUGUCUUAAAUCAUGCUAAAAAAGUUAUAAAUUUUGGUGGUAAUGAUAUUAAUAAAUCAAUUAGUGAAAAUUUAAAUAAUUUAUCACCUGAACAAAUUGAAUUAUUGAAAAAAUCUUCAAUUUUUGAAGUUCUUAAUGAUGAAGAUAAGAAAAAUUCAUUUUUCGGUCAUGAUGGGUUAAAGAAAAAUGAUACAGAAUUUGAUGUUGCAGCUAUUGUUACAUCAGGUAGAACAAGAGAAAUUUUAGAAGAACGUGAAAAAAAUGAAAAUGAACAAAUAUCAAAUGCUAAAUUAGAAAACAAUUCAUUUUUAGAUCAAGAUGGUAAUGAUAUUUCAGUGGGGAAAGAAAGAUUUAAAGGUACAGAAAAUUUAAUUUCUCAAAUUUCUAAAAAUGUUUACCAAUCAUUAAAUAAAAUUAUUGAUUUAACAAAACGUCAAGAAGCUUGGGAUAAUAUUUUAGUUAUUGGUAAAACCACCAAAAUUAAAGGUUUUACAGAUGCUUUAAAUGCACAAUUAAUCGAAGAUCAUUUAGUUGGUAAAGAUAUUCAAGAAAAUCCAGCACAAGCUGCAUUUCAAACAACAACUGCACCAUCAUUAGUAUUUAAUCAAGUUCCAAAUUCAAUAAAAUUUGGUAAGAUGCCAGAAUAUUUCCCUGAAUGGAAAAAAAUUGGUUAUUCAGAUGCAAAUUUCCUUGGUGGACAAAUUAUAUCAAAACAAAUUUUCAUAACAAAUAAUGAAAAUUUCUUUGUUACAAGAACAAGUUAUAAUGAAAAAGGUCCUUUAGCUAUUUGGGAUACAACUUUUUAA